UUCGGCGCGUUUCGUUGAGUGAGUAUAAAGAGGCCUCACCGGGCAACAGUAAAGCAUUCAGUCGUUGGUUCCCUACAAGCAAACAACUAAAUUUAUUUUUUAAUUUAAGUUUUACUUCUCUCCCCCACACAAAACUCACAACUAUGAACUCCUUCUCCGUGUUCUUGGUGUUUGCUUUGGCAGCACUGGUCGUUGCGGAACCACCAUCAGGAUAUAAUUAUCCCAGAGGCGGCGGUGGCGGUGGUUCGUUCGGCGGUGGCUUUGGUGGCGGCUCAUUCGGUGGUGGUGGCGGCGGCUACCAAGCCGUUAGUGGCGGUUUCCAGACCUCCGAAGGCCAAAAUGUUGAUCCUCAGCUGUUGGAACAAGUGCGCCAAAUUCUAUUGAACGAGGAGAGCAAAUCCGGCGGCGGCGGCGGUGGUGGCGGCGGUGGCUACCCAUCUGGCUCGUAUGGCCCACCAUCCGGUUCAUAUGGUCCACCAUCAUCGUCUUAUGGUGCGCCCGGUUUCGGUGGCGGCGGCCGUGUGGUUGGCAUUGAUUUGGAAGGUGUGCGUCAAGCUAUCCAAGUGGCGCAAUUCGCCCAACAGAGUACGCAAGCCGGUGGUGGUUUUGGCGGCUACCCCAGCGCACCCUCUGGCUCGUACGGUGCUCCAUCGAGACCAAGCGGCAGUUAUGGCGCGCCUUUCUAAGGUGUAUGCGUGUGUCGACUUAAAUACAUUUAAAUACUAGAUAUAUACAAGAUGAUUUGUGCCUGUGACCAAGUGGAUGAGUAGAAGAAGGGAAAGGAAAACAGCCAAGUAAAAAAAAUAAACAAAUGUAGACCACGAUCCUCAGCCAGUACACCAAUCAAUGAGACAAUCAAUCAAACAACAUGCUGCCAAAUAAAUGAAAUUGAAGUUGAAAAUGAAAAUGAAGAUGAAUUUGACGAUAAUGAUACAUGAUGAAGGCGAUGAGGGCGAUUUGAAGCAUUGAUUGCCAUGAAGUAUAAAUUGAAAGUGAAAGCGAUUUAUAAAUAACUAUCAACUACAACAAUGCCAGCAACAACCACAACGCCACUCAAUGGAUAAUUCGAUGACCACGGAAGAAGCGACAUUAGCAAUAGCAACCUAGCAACAACAACCAAAUAACAUCGAAAUCUGCAACAUUGUUGCCUAUGCGUUGCUGUCGCUAAAUGUCUCCAAACAUGUGUUGUAAAGAGACAUGUAGAGUAUGAUAAUAUCUACAGAAUUUUCUUAUUUCGAUUUCGCACUGCCACCCGCGUCCACCCAGCACCGCCAAGCGCAACGGACAGCCGCCAGCCAACAACAACAUUGCAGCGACAUUGCACGCGCCGUACUUUGCUCUGCAGCGACCUGUGCCAAAAAAUAUACAACAACAACUUGUAGGGAAGUUAUAAUUCCACUGCAACACCGUACAGCAUAACCAUUCAACCAGCACCCGUUCACUGUACCGCACUGUACCAACAAACGGCAGCCGUUGUGUCGUUGUCAACGCCGGCGGCGGUGCAGUUGCAAGCGGUGUAUGGUGAUGUGGGCCGUCAGUGAUAUUUCGUUUUCAUUCUUCACGCGAUCUCGCUCUUUCAACAUCCAAUCCCCCACUAUCUCCAAAGUAUUUUCAACAAGCUAUCCUUUAUGACCCCCGCUGUUUCAACAUAUCCACCAAAAAGAACACAUAUUCCAUUUUCCACC